CCGCUGAUCACAAACAUGGACAUGAUGCUUCCUCAGGUCACGUGGUCCCGCGUUGUCUGCUCACCCGUGACCCUCGUCGCGAUUGGCCCCAUCCGCAACCGCCCCAAAUUUUCGAGAAAGCUGCGUCGACAGAGCUCCAUCCGUCAUCCCCUCGUGCAAAUUUCAACAUCACACUUCAUCCUUUUCCCAUCCAAGCAUUGAUUCAGUCUCACAACCCGCCAUCAUGCUCUCUCUCCGUACUGUCGCGCGCUCUGCGCCCCGGGCCAUCGGCCGCAUGACCGCUGCCUCGUCCGCCAUGGCCGCCCGUCCCAGCGCGCUCCUCUACAAGCAGACCACUUCCUACAUGGCGCGCCCCGUCGCCGCCAACUUCUCCACAUCCAUGGGCCGCUGGGCGCAGAAGCAGGGCGAGACCGACGAGGAGCUCUCCGCCAAGCUGGACUCAGAGAUCCAGGUCGAGGAGGAGAUGAAGGCGAAUGAGCAGGAUCCCGCCAGCGUCAAGGACUUUCUGGCCAACACGGCCUUUGAGCUGAUUGACUCUCCCGGACAGGAGGUUGUCAAGCUCGUCCGCAGCUUCGGCGAUGAGAAAAUCACCGUCAGCUUCUCCAUUGCCGACAUUACCAGCUACGACCCCUACGGCCAGGAUCCCGCCCUCGAGGACGACGAGGCCUUUGAUGACGAGACCAACAUGCAGAACUCCAACAAGCAGUCGCACGUCCAGUCGACUGGUGGCGCUCGCUCUGCUCCCGCCGAGGAGGACAUUGAGGGCGAGGAGGACGAGUUCGACGAGCCCCCGACCCCCAUCAGCCUCUCCAUCCUGGUCGAGAAGCCCGGCAAGGCGGGCGGCGCCCUGACCAUUGACGCCUCCGCCGCCAACGGCAACAUCCAGGUCGAGAACCUGCACUACUGGGACGACGUCUCGGUAGCCAAGGCCGAGGGCCCGGAGGCGACACACAAGCGCGCCGAGCUCUACCCCGGCCCUCCCUUUGGCACCCUCGACGAUGACCUGCAGGUGCUGAUGGAGCGUUACCUCGAGGAGAGGGGCAUCACCCAGGCGCUGGCCGUCUUUGUGCCCGACUACGUCGACGUCAAGGAGCAGAAGGAGUACGUCCGGUGGUUGAACAACAUCAAGAACUUUGUCGAUGCGUAAAGCGCGAGGGCGAAUGACGAUGAACUCUGUAACGAAUAAUUUCCGCUCUUGUACUAUACCGACUGGGAAAGGCGAUACCAUAAUAUGUAACAUCAAAUACUGUAACAGAUA